CGGUGUGAAAGAUCCAGGGAGCCUCGCAGGUUUGCCUCCGAGAUGAAGCAGUGUGUCCGUCUGACAGUGCAUCCUAACAACAUUUCCGUCUCACAGUACAAUGUUCUGUUGGUCUUGGAGACCUAUAAUGUCCCAGAACUGUCAGCUGGUGUCAAUUGUACUUUUGAAGACCUGUCUGAGAUGGACGGCCUAGUGGUGGGCAACCAGAUCCAAUGUUAUUCCCCUGCAGCUAAGGAAGUGCCUCGGAUUAUCACUGAGAAUGGGGACCACCACAUUGUCCAGCUACAGCUCAAGUCUAAAGAGACGGGAAUGACUUUUGCCAGCACCAGUUUUGUCUUCUACAACUGCAGCGUCCACAACUCGUGCCUGUCCUGUGUGGAGAGCCCCUACCGCUGCCACUGGUGCAAAUACCGCCAUGUUUGUACUCAUGAUCCCCAGACCUGCUCCUUCCAGGAGGGUCGAGUGAAGCUUCCUGAGGAUUGCCCUCAGCUGCUGCAAGUGGACAAGAUCCUGGUGCCAGUCGAGGUGAUCAAGCCCAUUACCUUAAAGGCCAAGAACCUGCCCCAGCCACAGUCAGGUCAGCGGGGCUACGAGUGCAUCCUCAACAUCCAAGGCACUGAGCAGAGGGUCCCAGCCCUGCGCUUCAACAGCUCCAGCGUGCAGUGCCAAAACACCUCUUAUUCCUAUGAGGGAAUGGAGAUCAACAACCUGCCUGUGGAGCUGACCGUUGUGUGGAAUGGGGGCUUCAACAUCGACAACCCAGCCCAGAACAAAGUUCAUCUGUACAAGUGCGGGGCCAUGCGAGAAAGCUGUGGCCUGUGCCUCAAGGCUGACCCAGACUUCGAGUGUGGCUGGUGCCAAGGCCUGGGCCAAUGCACCCUCCGACAACACUGUCCCACGCAGGAAAACAAAUGGCUGGAGCUGUCAAGUACUAACGGCAAGUGUACCAACCCCCGCAUCAAUGAGAUCAGUCCUUCAACAGGUCCCCGGGAAGGAGGCACCAAGGUGACCAUCCGAGGCGAGAACCUGGGUCUAGAGUUCCGAGACAUCGCCUCCCAUGUCAAGGUGGCCGGAGUGGAAUGCAGCCCCCUAGUGGAUGGAUACAUCCCUGCAGAACAGAUUGUGUGUGAGAUGGGGGAGGCCAAGCCCAGCCAGCAUGCUGGUUUUGUGGAGAUCUGCGUGGCCGAGUGCAAGCCCGAGUUCAUGGCCCGCUCUUCCAAGCUGUACUAUUUCAUGACGCUGACCCUGUCUGACCUGAAGCCCAUCCGGGGGCCCAUGUCUGGGGGGACCCAAGUGACCAUCACUGGCACCAACUUGAAUGCAGGCAGCAAUGUGGUGGUGACAUUUGGAAGCCAGCCCUGCCUCUUCUACAGGCGAUCCACAUCACACAUCAUCUGCAACACCACUUCCUCAGAGGAGGUGGCUGAAAAGUCGAAGGUGCUGGUACAGGUGGACAAGGCCAAGAUCCAUGCAGAUCUCUACUUCCAAUACGUGGAGGACCCCACCAUCCUGAGGAUUGAGCCUGAGUGGAGCAUCAUCAGUGGAAACACCCCCAUUGUUGUUUGGGGGACACACCUGGACCUCAUACAGAACCCCCAGAUCCGAGCCAAGCAUGGAGGGAAGGAACACAUCAAUGUCUGUGAGGUUCAGAAUUCUACUGAGAUGACCUGCCAGGCUCCAGCCCUCGCUGUGGAUCCCGAACACCAAUCUGACCUGACUGAGAGGCCUGAGGAGUUUGGUUUCAUUCUAGACAAUGUCCAGUCCCUGCUGAUCCUUAACAAGACCAACUUCACCUACUACCCUAACCCUGUGUUUGAGGCCUUUGGCCCUUCAGGAAUCUUGGAACUUAAGCCUGGCACCCCUAUCAUUCUGAAGGGAAAGAACUUGAUCCCACCCGUGGCCGGGGGUAACAUGAAACUGAACUACACCGUGUUGGUCGGAGAGAAGCCAUGCACCGUGACAGUGUCAGAUGUCCAGCUGCUCUGUGAAUCUCCCAACCUCAUUGGCCGGCACAAAGUGAUGGCCCGCGUAGGGGGCAUGGAGUACUCCCCUGGAAUGGUGUACAUCUCUCCAGACAGCCCUCUCAGCCUGCCCGCCAUCGUCAGCAUCGCCGUGGCCGGAGGGCUCCUCAUCAUCUUCAUCGUGGCUGUGCUCAUCGCCUACAAGCGCAAGUCCCGCGAGAGUGACCUCACUCUGAAGAGGCUGCAGAUGCAGAUGGACAACCUUGAGUCCCGCGUGGCCCUGGAAUGCAAGGAAGCUUUUGCUGAGCUACAGACAGACAUCCAUGAGCUGACGAGUGACCUGGAUGGAGCUGGAAUUCCCUUUUUGGACUAUCGGACGUAUACCAUGCGAGUGUUAUUUCCUGGCAUAGAAGAUCACCCUGUUCUCCGGGACCUGGAGGUACCAGGCUACCGGCAAGAGCGUGUAGAGAAGGGCCUGAAGCUCUUUGCCCAGCUCAUCAACAACAAAGUGUUUCUACUGUCCUUCAUCCGCACCCUGGAGUCCCAGCGGAGCUUCUCGAUGCGGGACCGGGGCAACGUGGCUUCACUCAUCAUGACGGUCCUGCAGAGCAAGCUGGAGUAUGCCACAGACGUGCUCAAGCAACUCUUGGCUGAUCUCAUCGACAAGAACCUGGAGAGCAAAAACCACCCCAAACUCCUCCUCAGAAGGACGGAGUCAGUGGCUGAGAAGAUGCUAACCAACUGGUUCACUUUCCUUCUCUACAAGUUCCUGAAGGAAUGUGCCGGGGAACCCCUCUUCUCCUUAUUCUGUGCCAUCAAACAGCAGAUGGAGAAGGGUCCUAUUGAUGCCAUCACUGGUGAAGCCCGAUACUCCCUGAGUGAGGACAAGCUCAUCAGACAGCAGAUCGAUUACAAGACCCUGGUCUUAAGUUGUGUCAAUCCAGACAAUGUCAACAGCCCUGAAAUCCCAGUGAAGAUCCUCAACUGUGACACCAUUACCCAGGUCAAAGAGAAGAUCCUGGAUGCCAUCUUCAAGAAUGUGCCCUGUUCCCACAGGCCCAAAGCUGCUGAUAUGGAUCUGGAGUGGCGACAAGGAAGCGGGGCUAGGAUGAUCCUACAAGAUGAAGACAUCACUACCAAGAUCGAGAAUGAUUGGAAGAGACUCAACACGUUGGCCCAUUACCAGGUACCAGAUGGCUCAGUAGUGGCUUUAGUCUCCAAGCAAGUCACAGCCUAUAAUGCAGUGAAUAACUCCACCGUCUCCAGGACGUCGGCGAGCAAAUAUGAAAAUAUGAUCCGGUACACGGGAAGCCCCGACAGCCUCCGUUCCCGCACACCCAUGAUCACACCUGACCUGGAGAGUGGGGUCAAGAUGUGGCACCUGGUGAAGAAUCAUGAACAUGGGGACCAGAAGGAGGGUGACCGGGGAAGCAAGAUGGUGUCUGAAAUCUACCUAACCCGGCUACUGGCCACCAAGGGCACUCUGCAGAAGUUUGUGGAUGACCUCUUUGAGACCAUCUUCAGCACCGCACACAGGGGAUCUGCCCUGCCUCUUGCAAUCAAGUACAUGUUUGACUUCCUGGAUGAACAGGCAGACAAGCAUGGCAUCCAUGACCCCCAUGUCCGUCACACCUGGAAGAGUAAUUGCUUGCCAUUGAGGUUUUGGGUCAACAUGAUCAAGAACCCCCAGUUUGUAUUUGACAUCCACAAGAACAGCAUCACUGAUGCCUGCCUCUCUGUGGUGGCUCAGACCUUCAUGGAUUCCUGUUCCACGUCUGAGCACCGCCUGGGCAAGGACUCCCCAUCCAACAAAUUGCUCUAUGCCAAGGACAUCCCCAGCUACAAGAACUGGGUAGAGAGAUACUACUCGGACAUCGGGAAGAUGCCAGCCAUCAGUGACCAGGAUAUGAAUGCCUAUUUAGCUGAGCAAUCCCGCAUGCACAUGAACGAAUUCAACACAAUGAGUGCCCUCUCUGAGAUCUUCUCCUACGUGGGCAAAUACAGCGAGGAGAUCCUCGGACCCCUGGACCAUGAUGACCAGUGUGGGAAGCAGAAACUGGCCUACAAAUUAGAACAAGUCAUAACCCUCAUGAGCAUAGACAGCUGAGAACUGUCCUUCCGAGACUCCCUUGGAGGGGGGACAUACCAAGCCGUGCCUCAGACUAAAUCAUCAUCUUUACCAAGUGCAAGUUCCGACUGGCUAUAAGCAGCAUCACCU